AAAAAAAACCAGCCUCACAGUAGGAACUAGGUACUCCGUACUCCAAUUUUGAGCUUUAAUUGGAACAAACAAUGGCAGCAUCACUACUUUGAUUGGAAUAUCUCCUUCUUCUCCUGUUCUUCAUCGCAGACCGUACCGGUAGCGUCUCUGUUCGUUUCUUUUCAGUCGAAACCUUUUUUUUUGUUUUUUUGUUCUUCCUAGGGUUUCUGAUUUAGCCGUUGUGAAUCUUUCAAAUUGACGAUUGUUAUGGAUGAAAAUGCUUGUCAAGUUUCGAAUUUAGGUCUCGAUCCCAAUUUAGGCGGGUAUUUGAACACUGUAAACGGAGUGAUGAAACUCAGUGACUCUUCUAUGGACCCUAGUUUUGCCUCGUGCUUGAGCUCCAAUGGAGAUUCUCCUUUUGAUGAUGAUGAUUUCUCCGACACCGUGCUUAAGUACAUAAACCAAAUGCUUAUGGAGGAGGAUAUGGAGGCAAAGCCAUGUAUGUUCCAUGACCCUUUGGCUCUUCAAGCCGCUGAGAAAUCCCUUUAUGAAGCUCUCGGCGAAAAGUACUCGCCUUCCCCAAAUCAACCCCCUUUUUGUUGUGCUGAGAGCCCGGAUGAUUCCGUUGGAAAUAUCAGCUCUAGUUCUUGUUCCAGUACUGGCGUUUCUUUGAAUUCCGUUUCGAUGUUUGUUGAUCCGGCGGAAUUCAAGCCCCCUGCGUUGCCGAACCCCGUUCCUGCUGGUUUUGAUUUCCAGUCGAGUUCGUUAUCAUCGUCAAACUUUCCGUACAAUUCUAUAAGUGAGCUUUUGGUUCCGAAUUCAUCAGGUGAGAAUGAAUUGAUGUUGCAGUUCAAGAGAGGUUUGGAGGAGGGUAAUAAGUUCCUUCCUAAGGGAAAUCAACUUGUUACUAAUCUGGAUAACUUUGACUUGUCUCCGGAGUCGAAGGAAAAAAAGGUUUCAGAUGUAUUAGUCAAGGUGGAGAAGGAUGAGAGAGAUGAUUCUCCUAGCGGGUGGAGAGGGAGGAAGAAUCACGAGAGGGAAGAAACGGAUUUGGAAGAUGGUAGGAGUAACAAGCAAUUGGCUGUUUAUACGGAGGACGAUGAGAUAUCAGAGUUGUUUGAUAAGGUGCUGCUUUAUGGUGGGGGAAAAGAGGAAACUCCUGGCUCUACAUGUGAUGGAGCCUAUCAGGAUAAUGAAGCUAACGAGUCUACUCAGCAGGGUGGGCGAUCCAACGGAACUAGUAGCAGUAAGACUCGUUCCAGGAUACAGGACAAUAAUAAGGAAGUGGUCGAUUUAAGGACACUUCUGAUCUCCUGUGCACAAGCUGUCUCUGCGAAUGAUGUUAGAACUGCUAACGAACUAUUAAAACAGAUUAGGCAGCACUCAUCUCCCUUAGGUGACGGGUCUCAGAGAUUGGCCCAUUGCUUUGCGAAUGGCUUUGAAGCGCGUUUGGCUGGCACUGGAAGCGAGAUUUAUGCGGUUCUAGCCUCUAAAAGAACAUCUGCUGCUGAGACGCUGAAAGCUUAUCAAGCUUAUAUCUCUGCCUGCCCGUUCAAGAAGAUUGCAAUUAUCUUUGCAAACAACAUGAUUCAAAAAGCAGCUGAGAAAGCAGCAACGCUUCACAUUGUGGAUUUUGGUAUCCUCUAUGGCUUCCAAUGGCCUGCUUUCAUUCAUUGCCUCUCAAGAAGAUCUGGUGGGCCACCCAAGCUACGUGUAACGGGAAUUGACCUUCCCCAGCAUGGUUUUCGGCCAGAAGAAAGAGUUCAGGAGACAGGAAAUCGCUUGGCAAGGUACUGUGAGCGGUUUGGAGUUCCAUUUGAGUACAAUGCCAUAGCAAAAACGUGGGAGACUAUCCAAAUUGAGGACUUCAAGAUUGACAGCAAGGAGGUGCUUGCUGUGAAUUGUCUUCUUCGGUUUAAGAACUUGCUGGAUGAGACCGUUGUAGUAAACAGUCCAAGGGAUGCUGUUCUAAAGUUAAUCAGGAAGUUAAAACCUGACAUUUUUGUUCAUGCUAUUGUUAAUGGAUCCUACAAUGCCCCAUUCUUUGUUACACGUUUCCGGGAGGCACUAUUUAACUUCUCCUCGUGGUUUGAUGUGGCUGAUGCCACUUUAGCUCACGAGGAUCCGGUGAGAUUGAUGUUUGAGAAGGAGUUUCUUGGGCGGGAGGUUAUAAAUGUCGUAGCAUGUGAGGGCGCAGAAAGAGUUGAGAGGCCUGAAACAUACAAGCAGUGGCAGGUCCGGAGUAUGAGGGCGGGGUUCAGGCCGCUUCCUUUGGACUCGGAGCUCAUGAAGAAAUUAAAGGCUAAGGUGAAACAUGGGUACGACAGCGAUUUUGGGGUUGAUGAAGAUGGCAAUUGGAUGCUUCAAGGUUGGAAGGGCAGGGUCCUCCAUGCAUCCUCCUGUUGGGUACCUGCAUAGGACAUAGAAAUGCCAUCUUUCUGGUGACUUAAUUUACAAUAUUGGUUAAUGUGUAAUCUGAAUCCUCUUGUGUAUAUUAACAUGGAUUUGCCAUGCACUGGUGAUUUUAAUUAUAAUAUUGGUUAACGAGUACUCUGAAUUCUCUUGUACAUAUAUUAACAGAGAUUUGUCAUGCCCUGUUUCUGUUCUUUGUAGAUGCGCCAAAUAGAGAGCUUGCAAGGGCUAGUUUAGGGGGUUUCUUUAUUACUUCAUUUCUGGUUUCA